AUGGACGACAACAAAUCAAGUCUUGCUGCUCCGGACGAAAAGCCUCGGGUCAAGCAGCUUCAUCACAAGGUGCGCAGCGGCUGCAUAACAUGCAAACGGAGAAGAAUAAAAUGCGACGAGGAGAAACCAACUUGCCAAAGGUGCAUUCGCUCCGGAAAAGUCUGCCUGGGUUAUGAUCCUCCUCGGGCGUGGAUCUUUGACGUGGUAAAGUCCAAGAAACGAAAUGAGACUCAGUGUUCAAAGGAACCGCCUGAGAUAUUGCCCCUUGAAGACGGAGGUGGCGGGGAAAACAGCUCCCAACCAGCAGAAUAUUUCUCGACCUGGUGUGAUCCUUACUUGACGACAGCCAUCAAUGUCUCGUUUGGCGACACGCAAGAAGAGCGCCGCAGUUUGGACUUCUGGUUGAAAGAGACCGGGCCUACCUUGGGGAAUUUCGGGCCCGAUAAUGACUUUUGGUGCGGCUUCAUCCCCCGUUGGGCGUGGCAAUCCCCUAUCCUCCGACAUCUAAUGGUGGCUGCAGCCAUGGUCGAUGAGCAGCUGGGCUUGUACCGCAAAGCGAUGACAUCGAGAGUGACACCGCGGGUUUUCUGGCACUAUCACGCAGCGAUCACGAGGAUGGCCACCGCAAAGGCAUCUGACAAGUUGUGCCUGACGGUUGCGUGCUUGGUUGCCUGGAUCUGCGAGACCAUGCAGCGGAAUUAUAUGGCAGCAGCUGUCCAUAUCAAGGCAGCAUCACGGCUCUGGGGAGAGCUCAAAGCGUCAUCAGCCAGGUUUGAUCGGUCCACCUUAGACACGAUGGCGCCAAUCGAGCGAGCGGUUCGAGUAUGCGAGUCGUACGCGUAUGCUGUCCUGACUGAAGAAACUCCGUCAAGCAGUCCGUUGCUGCAUGGAACAGGUCUUGUGGGCGAAAGGGAUUGCGACGUCCCCGUUGUCCAUUCGCUCACACAAGCACGAGGCCUGUUGUUGGACUCGAUUGCUGCAUUUUCGACAAAGGAUUGGACGGAGUCUGACGCUCGGCGGCAACGCCUGUUUGUGAGAAACUGGCACCAGGCCAUCCGUCGCUAUUGCAGCCAUGGUCCAGAGUCGCGUCUAUACAAAAUCACCGUCCAGAUGUUGUUCAAUGUCGGCAUGGCAUUCCUCCCAGAAACCGAAGCAGGCAUAUUCAGCUAUUACGCCAAUCCGAACGCAUUGAAGCAUAUUCUGGACGUUUUCGAGCAGAUACUGAAAGAGAGACAGAAAGAGAAGCCUAGCCCAGACGAUGAAAAUGUCGAGGAGACUCUCGUGUUUGCUUUGGAGGUUAUGCUGAACAAUAUACGCCAUGACAAGUUGCAUCAGCGUGCUCAAAGGUUGCGGAGGACAUUGAGAAGGCCAUGCAGAUACACCAAGUGCCACGCAGCCGUUGUUGACGGUGACCUCAACGCUCAAUCUGCUCACAUCGCGCAAGUCUUAACCCUAUCUCAAGAGCAACGGAGAGAGGAUCUAGACAACAGGCGGACAUAA